AUGCCAGACAUCACUAGAGGAUCGCCAAUGGACAUUCUGGUAGUCAGAAAAGCCAUAGCCGAUUUGAUCGUUAUCGAGCUUCAUUGGGAGGAUACGAUCACAAAAGCAGAGAACCCGCGGUUGCAAUGGAGAGAACGAGGCUGGUUACUUAAUUCCGGAAGAGACUUCAUAUGGGAGUCCCUAUUAAACUCUAACAUGCGUCUCUCGGAAGCUACAUACCGCACUCAUUCAUGGGUAUCCGAAUCGCUCCGACAAGAGGAACUUUGGAUGGUCCAACGCGAGGAUCAACUCGAGGAUUUGUGGGCUCAUUGUAAUUUCGCAAAGGAGAGACUCGACAAACUGUGCCAUUUGUUUCGUCAGCUGGAGAGUGAGAUGGAGGAUCAGAGACUGAGAGAGCUGAUUGAUGGGCUCGUCAUUUGCUUUAGAUAA